AUGCUAAGUGUGAUAAGCGGAUUGGUAACCCAACAGCCCUCACUAGCACUAUUCUCCCGGAUAUCAGCCACCUUUUUGUUUAGGUCGAGUUCGCGGUUCUUGCAUUACAACUACAAUCUAAUGUCGAAAAAUUACAAAGUGUUAGGGACCGAUUCCGAGUUUUUGAAACCUGAUUUGGACGACAGGAAGUAUCGGUACAUCCAAUUGCCCAAUGACUUAAAGGCUUUGCUAAUUCAUGACCCUGAGGCUGAUAAGGCAGCAGCAGCGUUGGAUGUGAAUAUUGGUUCUUUCCAGGACCCGGAACAUUUACCUGGGUUGGCACAUUUCUGCGAGCAUUUGCUAUUUAUGGGUAACAAGAAGUACCCCGAUGAAAACGAGUAUGCAUCGUUUUUGUCUAAGCAUGGCGGGUCAUCAAAUGCAUACACUGGUUCACAAAAUACCAACUACUACUUUCAUUUGAACCACGAACAUUUGUAUCCUGCAUUGGAUAGAUUUUCAGGGUUUUUCUCUUGUCCACUUUUCAACCAGGACUCUACAGACAAGGAGAUUAACGCUGUGGACAGCGAAAACAAGAAAAAUCUACAAAAUGAUAUAUGGAGAAUGUAUCAACUUGAUAAAAGUUUGACGAAUUGGGAUCAUCCAUAUCACAAAUUUUCUACGGGAAAUAUCAAAACUUUGGGCGAAAUCCCUAAAUUAAAGGGUAUCGAUAUCAGAAGUGAAUUGUUGGAGUUCCAUAAGAACAACUACAGCGCUAACUUGAUGAAACUCUGUAUUUUAGGCAGAGAAGAUCUUGAUACUCUUUCUGACUGGGUUUAUGAACUAUUCAAAGAUGUUCCUAAUCUUAACAAACAAGUACCUUACUACCCUGCUCCUUUAUACACUGAAAAUCAGUUGCAGAAGAUUGUUCAUUGUAAACCUGUUAAAGAUUUGAAAAAGAUAGAGUUCACAUUCCCAACUCCUGACGCUGAUCCAUACUGGGAAUCUAAACCAAAUCAUUACUUAUCUCAUUUGAUUGGCCACGAAGGUAAUGGUUCUUUAUUGGCUUUCCUAAAAGAAAAAGGUUGGGCCUUGGAAUUGUCUGCAGGUUCUCACACUAUUUCCAAGGGCAACGCUGUCUUCUGUAUAGACAUGGAUUUAACUGAUGAAGGUAUGGAGCAUAUCAAUGAAAUUGUCAUUGCAACAUUCCAGUAUUUGGAAAUGUUGAAAGUCACUCUACCACAAGAGUGGAUCCACAAUGAAUUGAAGGACACUUCGGUUUCAAGCUUUAAGUUUAAACAAAAGGACUCCCCAGCAUCUACAGUGUCAAAUAUGGCCAGAUUGCUUGAAAGAGAAUACGUUCCUGUAUCUGAUAUCUUGAGCACAAGUGUGAUCAGGAAAUACGUACCGAAGUUAAUCGUUGACUAUGUAAAGGCUUUGAACUGGCAGAACUCUAGAUUAAUGUUGACCAGUCAAAAGUUACCCGUAGAUUCAAAAGAACAAUGGUAUGGAACCGAAUACCAAGUCCUAGAUUAUCCCGAGUCUCUAACCAAACAAUUACCAAAUGUUGGCUUGAAUCCAAAAUUCCAUCUACCGAGACCCAAUGAAUUCAUUUGUACCAAGUUCGAUGUGAAUAAAAUCGAUACCAAAAAGCCUUUAAAUGAACCACUGCUAUUAAAAGAUGACAAUUAUAGCAAAUUAUGGUAUAAGAAAGAUGACAGGUUUUGGGUUCCCAAAGGCCAUAUAUACGUGUCGAUGAAACUUCCACACACAUUUUCUAGUGUUGUGGAUAGCAUGCUAACCUCAAUUUACGUCGAAAUGGUCAAAGACGAUUUAACCGAUCUUCAAUACGAUGCAAGCUGUGCCGAUUUGCGCGUCAGUAUGGGAAAGACCAAUCAAGGUAUUGAUAUCCAGUUGUCUGGGUACAAUGAGAAGCUAACCAUUUUAUUAACAAGAUUUGUGGAAGGUAUAAAAGCUUUUCGUCCUAACGAAAGCCGUUUCAAUGUCAUCAAGGAUAGAAUCAUUCAAAAGUUAAACAAUCAACAAUAUGAUGUUCCUUAUAAUCAAAUAAGCACUACAUUUAAUUCAUUGGUCAAUGAGAGAUCUUGGAAUUUGAAGCAAAAACUAGAAGUUACAAAAGGAAUAACUUUCCAACAUUUGGAAAGUUUCAUACCAUUAGCUUUUGAACAGCUUUAUCAUGAAGUAUUGGUUCAUGGAAACUUUUCCGUCGAAGUUGCAUACGAGAUUGAUGAGAUCGUAAGGAUGCUGACUCCUGAUACCAUUCCAAACUUGCAGGUCAAAAAUAAUAAGCUGAGAUCGUAUCUUUUACCAGACGAUUGCGCCUACAGAUAUGAGACGCUGCUCGAGGAUAAGAAAAAUGUCAAUUCUUGCAUUCAAUAUCUGAUCCAAUUUGGUGUAUAUUCAGAAGAAAUGGCAGCAAAGGCGAACUUAAUUGCUCAAUUACUUCACGAACCUUGUUUUGAUACCCUUAGAACAAAGGAACAAUUAGGGUAUGUCGUAUUCAGUUCAGUAGCGAAUACACAUGGAACAACAAACUUGAGAAUAUUGGUUCAAUCUGAACGUAGCUCAGCCUAUUUGGAAUCAAGAAUUGUUGCAUUCUUGAACUCUUUUGGGAGAACGUUGGAAGAAAUGCCAGAAGAUGUGUUCGAAAAGCAUAAAAGCAGUUUAAUCAAGAGUUUAGAACAAAAGCUUACAAACUUGAGACAAGAGCACGAAAGAUUUACCACCGCUAUUUAUCUCGCAGACUACAAUUUCUGUGCUAAACAGAGAAGAGCAGAUAUAAUCUCCAAUUUUUCAAAGAACGACAUGGUUGAAUUCUACAAGAACUUUGUUUUAUCACCUCAUAGCCCAAGAUUGGUUAUCCAUUUAAAAUCCCAAGUUGAAAAUAACCGUCCAGAGGAUGCUGUGGAGGGUUACCCAACAGGUUCUCUAAUCACAAGUAUCGAUGAGUUCAAAUCAAACUUAUGCUUGGCUCCGGUUCGCCAAGCAGUCAAGAAUUUCGAAGUUGCUCACCCAAAGUUAUAG